GGCAAGGGGCGAGGAGGAAGGAGGGGUGAGGGGACCGGCUUUACUGCAAAUAAACAAGCAGACGACGAGACUUCAAGAAGCACACAAACCACAAACUGUACUUGUACUUGUGAGGCUUUUGUGCACUGAGAUUGACGCUCUGUAUGUUUAAAUGGGAAAGUCGUUCAAAACUUAAUUGUUAUUUCUCGUAUGGUUAUGCCUUAGUGUGAUAAGGCUCAAAGGAAUAACGCCAAAAUGCCGACUAUCGUGCUUCUGGAUGUGUCUCUGUCAAUGGCAAGACCAGUAUCUGUGCAAGACUCUGGAGAAACAUACACUAGACUUCAACUUGCCAUCCAUGGUAUCAACACACUUUUGGAUUAUUUUAAUGUGUAUACUAGACUAGAAUUUGUGUCUUUGUUAACAUAUUCAUCUCUUUGCGAUGAAUUGUGCCCUUUCACAAGGGAUUUUGAGUCUAUAAAACAAAAACUUCAGACAGUUGAAGAUCAAGAUAAAACAUGUAUAGAGCCUGCAUUACAUGCUGUGAAUCGUUUAGUGCUGAAGGAAUGGGGCAGUGCUACGCCGUGCCAUGUGAUUAUUGUGUCAGAUGGUAGUUGUGGAGCUACAGAUUCGUCCAUCAAACAUAUUUUAGACCAGAAUGCUGGUCCUCAUCGGCCGUGUUUGCCUUUUGCAUUUCCUGGGAAACUAAGUGCACUUAUCAUAGCUAAUCCUAAUGAACCACAGCUGUCGUACAAUUUGCAGUUAUUUAAAAGACUCACUGAUCUAGCAGGAGGAGAGGGGAUUAUUCAUACUCCUGAAGGCCCUUUGUCCAUAGCUAGUGUCCAAGCAAUGGUUCGAAAAAUGGCUGAAGCAGAAUUUACUUCUUAUCAGGGUACAUUGCGAUGUGGCUCCCUAUCCUCUAAAAUCACGCUGUCACCUCAUCCUCUACCGUAUACUCAUGUAAAAGACUUCUCAACAGAAACCUAUAGAAUUGGCGACCAACUAAAUGUCGUUGGAUUUUGGGAUUUGUCUGACAUCGGAAGCCCUGCAGCUGUGUCAAGACAUCUUGUGCUUCCCAUGGGCUCAGGCCUAUCUAAUGUCACAAAUCAUUCUGAUGUUAAAAAUGAGGAUUCAGAUGAUGAAAGUCACGAUGGGAAAACCCCAUCCUUCUGUGUUCUUCUUCAUGGAGCGUUAAAGGUUGAGAAUAUGGCUGCUCUAUGUGAAGUUGCUGAGGGAUGGUUUGGAAUCCUUUUCUCCUGGGCUGAUAAUAAAAAGAAGUCAAACCUUAUGCUCACAGUCCUAGAACCAGGAACGGACACAAUUCCAUGGUUAGGAGAUCUGGAACAGCUUGGUUCUGCAGAGGAUGCUGAAGACUUAUCUGCUUUACCUUCGUUCCCUGUGCGUCCUGCUGAGAAACGAAGUUACAGUCAGAGCACUGUUGCCUGGAUAAGGCAAUCAGGUUUGCAUUCUGACAUCCAAAAAAUACUUCGUAGUGCACGCAAAUUACCAGAUAAAACUCAACAUUUCUAUAAGGAAUUGAACCGUGUUCGCAAGGCUGCUGUGCAAGUUGGGUUCUUAGAACUUUUAGAUGGGCUGUCAAAAAUAUUUGAAAAAGAAUGUCAUGCCUUACCAGACAAAGCUCAUCCUGACUGUGCAUUGCAGCUCACCCAUUGUGCCAGUGUUUUAAGGAGGAGAGAGGCACGUGAGCUAAAAUUCUCUAUUACCCCGUUACGCACUUCUUUCCAUGGUGGAGAUGACUGAUCAGAAGGGAUGUUGGAUUAAUCAAUCUGAUCUUAUACUACAAUCCCAAGUUACGCAAAGAAUUCCAGCUAGGGAAGAUUCACUUAAUUCAUUUGUUGAAUUAAACUCAGAAACAUGGGAAAAUAUCUGCCUGCAUAUUUACAUGAAGUCAACAAGGACUACCUAUUAUCCUGGAUUGUCAAAUUGUUUUGUGUCAUUUUAACAAGGUGUAUUAAUUGAAACUUCAAAAUGUUAUGGAAAAAAAUCCAAAUAGUUUUCAACAUUACUUAUUCAUUUUAUUUUGUCUGAACUUAUGUUUAAAGAGCAACAAGCUAGUUCAUUUAUGUUACAGUAAGAUUUUUGUCACAUCAGGAACAAUAGAUUCAGUAAGAUGUCCAAUCUAGUAAACACUGCAAUAAAAGGAGAUAAAACACAAAUGCCCUGAGCCCUUUCAAGAGUGUCAACAUGUUGUAAGGUGAUUAGAAAAUAUAAGGCAACAAAUUCAAGUUAACUAGGUACUUGAUAACUAGGAGAAUAACAUGAGCAGCCAGUUUCAUUAAAAAUGAUGUCAAGAGAAUUGGCAAUUGUGUGAAUUUGAAGUACAAAAAAUUUAUAAAUGCGAUAUGAAUAAGCUAAAUGCUUAGUAAUUAUCUGAUAUCCAUACAUUUGUGGCAAGGGUAAUAAAGUACUACUGAAUUUUUAAAAA